CUGUCAUGGCGCCUGUCCGGGUGAAAUCCUUUGGUAGUUUACCUGCCCUGUGUGUUUUCUUCCUCGUGAUGCUACGUUUGCCGUCUGGAGGAGGACAGAAAAAGAAAGAGUAAAAGACAAAAUGAGCUCAAAGUUCAGACUUAGAAAAACACUAAUCUGAGCAAAGCGACCAGGAGUACCCAGUCCGCCAUUGCUGAGGUGUGUGAGCACACAGCCGCCAGCAGAACCUUCUGUCAGAAAAGGUUGACCAGAUGAUGGAGUGGUCCUCUCGCCGCUCUGUUGUUCGAAUGAACGGUGACAAGUUUCGUCGUUUUGUCAAAGCCCCACCCAGGAACUACUCUGUCAUCGUCAUGUUUACAGCAUUGCAACCUCAGCGGCAGUGUUCUGUCUGUCGACAAGCAAACGAGGAGUACCAAGUCCUGGCAAACUCAUGGCGCUACUCAUCUGCUUUCUCAAACAAGCUGUUCUUCACUGUUGUGGACUAUGACGAAGGAGCAGAUGUUUUCCAGCAGCUAAACAUGAACAGCGCACCAACCUUCAUGCAUUUUCCAGCAAAGGGAAAGCCAAAAAGAGCAGACACAUUUGACCUACAGAGGAUUGGCUUUGCUUCAGAGCAACUAGCCAAAUGGAUUGCAGACCGCACAGAUGUCCAGAUUCGCGUCUUCCGUCCUCCUAAUUAUUCUGGGACCAUUGCUUUGGCUCUGUUAGUGUCUCUUGUCGGAGGUCUGCUUUACCUGAGAAGAAACAACUUAGAGUUUAUAUACAAUAAGACUGGAUGGGCCAUGGCAGCACUGUGUGUUGUUUUUGCAAUGACUUCUGGUCAGAUGUGGAAUCAUAUCAGAGGCCCUCCCUAUGCUCACAAAAACCCCCAGAAUGGACAAGUUAGUUACAUCCAUGGCAGCAGUCAGGCUCAGUUUGUGGCGGAGUCUCACAUCAUCCUUCUCUUGAAUGCUGCUAUCACCAUGGGUAUGGUGCUGCUGAAUGAAGCUGCUACCUCGAAAGGAGAUGUCGGCAAAAGAAGAAUUAUCUGCUUGGUUGGCCUCGGACUGGUCGUGUUUUUCUUCAGCUUCCUGCUUUCCAUUUUCAGGUCGAAGUAUCACGGAUACCCUUACAGUUUCCUUAUUAAGUGAAACAAGGAACAAUAGAUCAGAGAAUGGCUGAGAUGGUCAGUGAGAGAAGAUUUGAAGAAGCAGAAGUGACCUUGUCUUUGAAUCUCAAGUUCAUAAUGUGAUUUUAUGUUAUUUAAAGGUCCCAUGCUACAAAUAUACAUUCCACCCUCACACCUUUUCAUUCCUAACAUAGUUUAAAAUGACCUGGUUUGAGUUUGACAUCCAUCCAGUUGGCAAUUGAUAGACAAAGUCUGCAAGUCGGGUCGUCGAGAGCUGCUUUCCAGCUUGUUUUUCAUGUCUCCCUCCUUUAACACACCUGAAUCAAAUGAUCAGCUCAUCAGCGAGCUCUGCAGGAGCUUGAGAACGAUCCAAAAUUAUUUGAUCUAAAAUCUCUCCAGCAGUGUCGGUUGGAAUUCAUUGACAAUGUAAUAUAGAUAUGGCACUCAUUAUUCAAGUGCCCACCCACUCAACUCACGUGAGAGGCUACACAGAGCCUUACAAAAACAGUAUAAAAUGUAUAUGCAGUAAUCCCUCGUUUUUCGUGGUUAAUGGGGACCAGAAUCCCCCGCAAAAAGUGAAAAACCGCGAAGCGGAAUUUGUCCCCCCCAACCCCGAAAAAAAAAAAAAAAAGAUCAAUGUAAAUGGUAUUUAUAUGCAUUUACACACUGUAAAGUACUAUAUUUAAAUCUAUUUACAGUAAUUACGGUACCUUUACACCAGGCGCGUCUCAACGCGUUUCAACAAGAUGUGUUUUAUGAGCAGAGCGUCUGUGGAGCGGUUCGAUUGAUUCACGUGAGGAUGGCGCGAGAGUCCGAAAGAAGCGGGUAUUUAAAGAUAACGGUACAACAACCAUUUGCCUUUCAGAACACGCGUGUUGGUCACCUUUCUUUCUGAAAGAAGAAAAAAGAAGUCCUGUGCUAAAGAGAAAAACAAUUGCAAUGACAAAGACAGAUUUCUUUUUUUUUUUUUUUGUAAAAUCAAAUGCCUCAAUGAAUUAUUUUUUUUUCACGAAAGGUUCUAAAAAGAUUUAUUGAUUAAUUUUCUCGAAUUAAAGCGCCACGCAGAAUUUAUUUGCAUAUAAUUUUUAAAAUUGACCGGAUCCAUCCACCGUAUUUUUACUUCCAAUAUUUUACUUCCUACCUAGUUUGAUUGACGCAGGAGGGUUGCGUCUCGCGACAAAUAAUAAACUCUGCCGUUGGUUUCGGGUGCGUUGCAUUUAGCAGAUUCUGGGAGGCGUCUGAAACGCAGCCGCUCUGCAACUGGUGUCCAAUCGCUGCUUGACUUUACUGGCCACGUUUCACUGCGAUGACAACGCUGACGCGCCGCAGACACGCCUGGUGUAUUAGCGGGGUUAUACCUUCACUGCAAGAUGCAUAUAGGCAACUUCGCACACCUCCUGAAUUUCGUGGAAGUCCACUCGCACUCGCGAGCGUGUAGUGAGGACAUAAUGCUUCAUUUGUAGUUACUAAAAAAACUAAAAUCCCCCCGGAGAUGUUGGAGGUCUUUAGCCAGCUUUGGGUGCUCCUCCGAAGUCCUGGAGGUGUUUGGCAGAGAUGAGUGGUUCAUUUGCAGGUAAAAGUAGUUGAAAUUCCCCCGAGAGGUGUUCGUUGUGGUUUGUACCCGCCCAUGGCGAUUGCUCGGCGCUGCAAGGAUAGAAAUAAAUUAUUGCAUUUCAGUUUGCGAGUUCACAUUUUGUGCCUCAUCAAAACAUUGAAACACAAAUCUCAGAAGAGGCGUUAAUUUGGUACAACACACGUCCCACAAUAUACCGAGUGUGAUUGUCACCUAUGCACUGGGAGUAGGAGAUGGAAAUGACGAUUAGUGAAGAAUAGUGUGAGGAAAAAAAUUGUGUAUGGGAUGUGUAACACUAGUCUACAAAAUUGUGUGGGGGGAAAUGUGCUUCAGAGAUAAAAAUCAUAUUUGCAGUGGUGACUUGGAUUGGAAAAUAAAAGAUUUUAGUGCUGCUUGGCUAACGUUGAUGACAAAGAUAUAUUGGUGUAAUUCUAUAAUAUCCGUUUUAAAAGUUGCUACAUUUGACGUGAGAUGGAUAUAGGCUACUGCUCAUCAAAUGAAUGCAUGUUGUCCCCUACCCAAACACCAGGAUUUAUGCAAUACAUUGAAAACGGGCACAUUAUGUCGAAGCUCUUAUGUAAUUAUAUUCUGAAAUGGUAGACAACUUUCUUGGUCGAAAUGUUUACCCAGAAAUAACCAUUUCCAUUUCAAUUAAUACCCAUUUUCAAAUAAACUACUUUUUGGCCUGAUAAUGUCUCAAAAGCUACAGCCAUUUGACACCUUUGACCUCAUUUUGAAUUUUUAGUAAUCCUAAUUUGGUAAAGUCUAGCAUUUUGCUUGUGUAAUUGUAACCUAGAAUUAUCAUGAUGACAGUUGUAGCGCUCUAAAUAACUGCUUCCCAUUUAUCACGUAAGCUGAGAAACCGUAUAAUGUAGCAUUGUCAUCCUCAAAUCAAAGCUGAUCUCCUUAUUCCUACAAAUUCAUCGGGCCAAAAUUGGACCAACUAAAAUAAGAUCAAUAAUAAGCAUUUGAAAUAUUUUUUUUGUACAGAAUGUGGCAUGGUACAUUUAAAUAAAUUGCAGUUAUUAUUGCUAUACUAUGAAAACUUUUACCCAAUUGAUAGUUUGUGUAAUUUUAUUUUUUUCAUAUUUCUUUUACUGUGGUUAUUGUUAUUGUCAUCAUAUGUGCUUGCUGAAUAGACAAAGCUUUUGCUUGGAAUGGAGAAUAAAAUUGUUUGUGACAUCAUCAUGA